GUUUAUGAGCAAAAAAAAGGUGUUGCACAUUUUCAAAUGAAAUGAUGUACGAAAUGUGGUUUGAGUGUGAAAUUGACAAGCCUUAAAGCUUCAAGGUUACCAAUGGAUACUAUAUACGCUGUUUGAAUAUGCUGCUUUGCUCAUAGGCGUGUGUGAUGCCCACAGCUGUCAGGAUAUGUGAUCCAUCAAAUCGGCAACUGCAAGACAGAUAUAGACGUGAGCCAAACCACAACAACACUGGGCUAAAUUUGGCCAAAAUAUUUAACUGGAGCAAAAGCAAUAAAAUAAAAUACAUAUAGCUAAAUUAAUAACAAUGUAAUUAAAAUUCAAGAAAAAAUGUUUGUGUAUAAUCUAACCACAUUUGUUAGUGUAAAAUUUCGUGCAAAAAAUUAUAACUGUGUUUCUGCGUGCAAGAAAAAAAUUUUUGUUCUAUAAAAGUGACCCGUCUAAAUCGACUAAGCGAUUACGAAUCCAAUCUACGACGUUUCACAAUUUAAACCCGACUAAAUAACCAACUAACUAAUUAACCUUUAACUACUGAAAUUAUUAAACAAAACAUUAAAAGCAUGACUGAGGAGAACAACAACAACAUAACUAAAGUCAAUCACAACAAGAGAAACAGCCAAAAACUGGACGACACUGGUGGUAGCGGCAGUGGUGGUGGCACAGGCAGUGGAAGUGAUAACUGCCCAAGUGCCGUCACCAUAAAAUUCCACACAGAUCUGGAAAUAAAGAAGAAGCUGGCACCCACUCUAACUAUCAAUUCAGACACUGAGGAGGGAUUUCUUUCCACCUCGCCGGACAGCAAUAACGGUGAGCAGCUCCUGCAUAACAAAUCCACUAGCAGCAGCAGCGGCGUCACACUAACAGCAACCACAAUUGCGGACACAAUGGCCACGCCGUUGCCACCGCCGGUUUGUCUCUGCACGAAUACAGAGAGUUGUUUGACGUUGAAAAACAUUUUAGACUCUUUUAAGUCACCUCUCUCAGAGGAGCAGGCCUGGUCGCUGCUUUACCAAUUCAUGAUGCUCUAUCGGCGUAUGGCUGCUGCUGGGCAGAGGCAUAUUUUCAACGAUCUGGAAAUACCAGAUGGCAUUGAGAAUUUGAGCUUACAUCGCGACGGUGCAGUGCAUUGCUCGUGGACGGAUGAGGAGCGCAAGGAGAAGGAGCAGAAAUUACAACGGGAAAAGGAGCUGCAAAGGCAGCAGGACAAAGCGUCGUCUUCGGAGGAGGAGGCGAAUUCAGAGCCACAAGGUGAUGAUAAUCAUGCGCUUCUUGUGGCUUCCCAUAAAAAGAUCCUGCGCAAAGUGGCAGUAGUUGUGUACACCGCCUUGGAUUAUAACUUGGCAGUUGAUGAACAGUGUCAAAUGUCACAUGAAUUAGAAGAACUGAUCACCUACAUGACAGCGGAAGAAAACGAUGAUGACUGCAUCGAUGAGGGCAUUGAUGAGGGCCACCAACGUUGGGAUGACGAUGGCGAUGAUGAGAAAUGGAAUGAAACCAAAGAAUUUGAUUUUGUGCUUGAGGCCUGCAAAAAUCAUGUUAAACCCACUGUACCUGAAGACCAUUAUAAAGCAGUUUGCCGCGCGCUGGUGACUGAAGCAAUUGAAUUGCGAAUAUUCCUGCAGCAGGUCUUAAAUGACGGUGCCGACAAUCUCCAUCUAGAAGUUGAUUCACAAACAUCCAAACAAGAGUUGGCCAAGCUAGGCUUCAACGAUUGGGCACGUUUCUGGGUCCAAGUGAUCGAUGAGCUGCGACGUGGCGUUCGUCUGAAGAAGAACAACUACUCACGCACCCCGAUAGAGUACGAGUUGACUCCCUAUGAGAUUCUUAUGGAGGACAUUCGUUCUAAAAAGUACCAACUGCGCAAGGUAAUGGUGAAUGGCGAUAUUCCGCCGCGUGUGAAGAAAGAUGCCCACGCUUUGAUAUUGGAGUUCAUUAGGUCACGGCCGCCACUCAAAAAGGCAUCCGAACGUAAACUUCCGCCACCCAUCAAACGCACACCAUCGCCACGCGAACAACUCAUGGACUCGAUACGAAAAGGACAAACACUGAAGCACAUACAACCGCCAACAACUCCACGACUCAAGGAUCGAUUGCUCCCACCAACCACAACGCUAAUGGCGUCAACAACACCAGCAAUAACAACAGCAACACUAAUCAAUUCAUCGUCUGCAACAUCAAAAGCAACAACAACUACAGCGACAAUGCAACAUGCAACAGUUAAUGCGCUGAAAAUGACAGAGAACGCGGAGCCGCACACAACGCCGCGCUCCAAGCAGCGGCUAAUCAAAGUGGAUUUCUCGCUAUUGCAGGAUGAUGACAAUUUCUUUGAUGAACCAACGUCAACUGUCAGAUAUGGCAACUGCAACACGGCGCACGUCGGUGUUUGCUCGCAGCCACAAAUGCCUCCCUAUCCGAUUGGCGGCUAUAUGACAAUGAGCAGCGGUUAUGGUGCGGCCGCCAGCAGUGGUGGUGUGACCAAUCCAAAUAUGAAAAGCCAUGCGGCCACAACACAAUUGCCGUCAGCGCUGACAACGCGGGUGCUACGCCGAACAACUUAUGACCUCGCCACCCAAUGCGAAUCACGACGCGCCUCUCUACGCCGCCAUACCAUUGUCGGCUGUCAGAGCAAUUUCGAUGAGACUCACUCGAUGCCGCCAUCGAGACCCGCAUCGCGACAGUCAGAAGUGAGUUCUGUUGUUGGACCAGGUGGCUGUGCUGAAGCGGCGGUUACAGGCACAACUAAACAGCUACACAACAACUAUAAUCAAAACAAACAACAACAGCAAUUGAAACGUUCUCAAAGCCCCAACACAGCCGCUCAGAGCAUGAGUGCCAGUGUAUGCAGCGGUGAGAGCAGCAAUUGUAGCCGUUCGUCAUCCUCGGUUGGCCCAUGGAGCAAGUCCUUUCUGGAUGAGCAAACCUGGCUCGAACGCGGUGACGAUCGCCUCUCGUUGACACUGGAGGAGAUAGUACACAUACGUUCGGUAAUGACGAAGGCAGAAUUAGAAGGACUGCCUGUGGGUGUGCGUGUCAAGGAGGAUGUCGAAAAGCGCAAAGUCUGCUUCCUAUGCCUGCGUACACGUUUCUCUAUUUUUGGACCGUGGGGCAUACAAUGCAAAUUGUGUCAGCGCACUGUCUGCUCCAAAUGCUACACCAAGAUGAGAAUACCAACGGAGCACUUCCGCAAUGUACCGCUGGUGCUGAUUUCACCAUCACUGCUCGCCAGUCCGGCUGGCUCCAGCACGCCAUCACCAUCACAUCACGCCCACCACACGCACUCAUCCUCGACAGGUAACAUAUUGGACGAGACGUUUCCCAAAUCGUUAAUUGAGCGUUUGUUACGUUCCGAGUCAGAGCGCAAGACUCGCAACACGGUGGGUAGCGCUCCGUCAUCGCCCAAACACCAAAGAUCUAAUAUGAGUACACCCGGCACAACCCACAUUGUGACCACCACCCGAACGGGUGGCACCUGUGUGACCGGACAAGCCGUUGAGGCUGACGAUGCUUCUGUGAUGACGUCUUCUUACAACAGCAAUAUAUCAAAUGGCGGCCAUGGCAAUAUGCACGCCAGCACCAAUAAGCAUAUUAACAUUAUGUCACGCAGCAUGGAGGGGCCGCGUAGUUUGCCGGCGAAUAGCCCUGCACGCGCGCAUUCAAACAGCAGCACCUUAGAUCGGAAAACCAAAUUUUCGCGCGCCUUCACGCUAUCCUCUUCCGGCAGCCAACUAAGUCAGGAGCAAAAGGAGAAUAUGCGCGGUGAGCUAGUCACCGUUUGCAAUGACUGCAAGGGACUCGUUAUGGAAAUUACACGCUCCUCCAAGCAAACACGCUCCUCAGCGCGCAAUCGUGCUUUGCAAAAUCUUACGCUCGACCUUUCGCCGGUUUACAAGUGAAAAGGUGACAUUGGUAGACCCAAAGGAGAAAAGUCAGCGAAUGCGAAUAUUGGAAGCGACAAAUGUUAACGCAAUGCUUGCGCGUUUGGAAAAUGACAGUGCCCGCUGUAGAGAGUGUUGAAAUGUGUGCUGCUACAGAUGUAGACCGUUGGCCUGAAAUAAACUUACUUCUGCACUUCCAGCUCACUCUUCCACUGAUGAGCAUACUUUUACAUAGACAUACGAGCACAGUUUGAACCAAGGGACUUGUCGUCGAGUCGCUGAAAAGUGUGCACCACUAUUUGUAAAUAAACAACAACUAAACUCAUAAAUUGAAAUGUUAGAAUUUCGUUUUUAAACAAACAAAAAUCUGAAGGAAACCCCAAGUGUUGAAACGAACCCUGCUGUUUAUAUCGAAAAUUAACUAACUAUAAUUAUUAAGUUCCAAGAAUGCACCCACCAUUAUAUUUAAAAAAAAAAAAAAAGUUAUGUACGCUGUGAGGCAGCUUAGAGCUACACAAAAGCCACAGCUCGUUGUGCUUUAGAGAGCCUGAGGCUGAGAUAGGAAAAGCAAAUCGAUUUCGUGCAUAGUUAUGCAAGAGUUUAGUUUCCUUUAUUUUUAGUAUUUGAGUAUUAACUAUUUGAAACGAAAAUUUAUCGUAAUUAUGCUUUAAAGUUUGAUAUAAGCAACCGAUUUUCUUUUAGUCCAUUUUAUUUAUGCAUCCGAGCUAUACUCCGAAAGAAGAGUUUUCUUAUAAAUUAUUUUAUUUUAUGUAGUUCAUGCGCGGCGCUGCUAGAAUGUUCUUUUUUCAUUUAAAUUUCAAAUCCCGGUUAUUUUUUUUUUUAUAAUUUUUGUGAUUUCGAAAGAGUAUUCUUUCUCACUAUUUACUACUAUUUUACGCGCGAUUUGCAUGGCCGCUAAACAUGAUUGGUUUCGUAAGAAUUGUACAAAGAGAAAUGAUUAAUA